UUCAAAAAUAUGGAGGAAGACUCGGAUAUAAUUAAAUCAACUUCUGGCCCGGAGGUCUCGGUCAAUGCGUCCACUGUUAGCAACGGUGAAACUAGGAUAAAGAGACGUCUCUCGUUUUCGUCAGAAAGAGAAAUCAGCGCCCAGGAGGAGCCGAACAUGACACGGUCAACAGAAACGUUAGAAAAUGUUUCCGACGACUCCGCUUCAUGUCGACUCUCAGCGGAACGACUAUCACCACAGACCGUUAACACGAGUUUACAGGCGAAUAAUGAUGUUAAACUAGGAGAUGGCUCCACUAAACAGCCUGGUGUUGACAGUAAUGAAGACAAGGAAAACGCUGCUGUGCCUCCCACAACUCAAGACAAUACACAAGAAGAGGACAUUCCUGGUCAGGGAAAUGUUCACGGUUCCAUUGUGACUGAAAGCAAUCAACAUACAAACACAGAAGAGAGAGAUGCUGAGGUGAUGAGGAGAGCACAGGAGGACGGCCGUGUGAACGUGGUGUUUCCUGGCACUGUAACUCAGGAAGGCUGCUGCCGUUUCGUCAGUGAGAUCCUCAAGUGCAUUCUCUAUCAGAGACAGCAGCUACCCAUGACGUAUGACCAGCUGGUAUACUCUCAGAAGAAACAACAAGCUUCAGUGCAGGAUAAAGAUGUGGUGAGUCGGAGACCAGUGCAGUCUGCAGACAUGGACUGGCGCAAAUGUCAGCAAACCCUUCAAGGGCUGGAAGAGGUGCUGCAGCAUUUGGAGGUGCUGUUUUCUCUAAGCAAGGUGCCGCGUGUGCUACUAUCAAUGGGCGGCUCCCUCAUCCUCCCCAAAGAGCUGUACGAGAUCAACAUGGAGGCUCUGGUACUGGCUGGUGGAGAUCAUUGCCUGCGAGUGUCGUCAUGCUUAAGGCAGCUCUUCCGCACUCUUUUUGUGGCUGACCUUUUGUCUGACACCAGACCUGUGCGGUUAAUGCCCACCACUGUUUUGGUGAUGGCUCACAGGGAUUGCGGUGUAGGGUGGUUCCGCCCAAAACUACAAUUUAAAAUCCCGACUCGUGUAAAGAACAAAAUCAUUGCGCUGUCUACUGAUCCCAGCAUGGGCAAGGAACCAAGGGCAGAAGGGUCAGACUGGCAGGAUUACGUGUGGUUUCAGGCACCUAUGAAUAUCAAGGGCUUCAGUAACUGAUCUGAAGAGUUGGCAGGUGCAUUGUCUGAGAUUGGAGCUCCUUUUCUGGGGCCUUUGUGAGACAAUAAAUUUUACUGGUGGUUUAAAUGAAUUCUGAACGAAACUUUGACUUGAGCUGUACAUAUUUUAUUGAAUUAUGGGUUGACUUUUUUGUUCCAGUGUUUGUCAAAUCAAACAGUAUUGAGUUUACUGACAAAAACAGCAUGGUGUGUUUUCUUUUUUUUUUUUUUUUUUUAAUAUAGUUUUCUGAAAUACAGAGAGAAUGUGUUCUCAAGAGGCUUCAUUGGCAGGAGAUGACAUCCGCAUGAGAACAUUGUGUAUUACUGUUUUGUAUUUAAAUGGAAUGUUUAUCAUGAAUUUUCAAGAACAUUUAACCACAGAGCAACACACACAAUAUUAGUGCAAUAUAUUUUUACAAAGCACAGUUUAAAUGUUUUAGAAGAUGUAUUGCUUUCUAUAAUCCAUUCUGUGGACACAAUUGACUGCCUCUAUCAUGUGUGUACAUGUUUACAUUUACAUUUAUUAUAUUCUGCAAGAGAUUUCAACAAUGUGGCAAAUCAGGAGGUAAGAUGCACUACAGUGCAGACUGGAAAAAAAUCAGAAUAAAGAGAAUCUGUAUGUGUC